CUUUUUUUCCAUCAAAAGACAUCAUAUUUGAGUCCUGGAAGCACCCGUUAACAAAUUCAAGAGGCAAUCCAAGCAGUGAAAGGCUCGAUGUUGAUGCAGUUGAUCCUCAGGAAUUUUUGUUAAGAAGACUUGUUAGAGGUUAUUUGUUCAUCUCUUGCAUUCUUGGAAUUUAAUUUCUCCUAACUUAAAUGCCAAUUCACACUAAGAAAUCUAAAUGUUUGAAUAUUAUGUUCAAUGGAACAGGUGACGAUCGAGCUCAGCUUGACUCCAAUGGAUUUUCAUGCCACACUGAUAUUCAUUCAGAAGUAUGCCUUGCAAAUAAACCAGUGAGGAUCGAUAACAAAGCAUUGACAGUUUAUGUGCCAUCUGAUGAACCUCAAGUUAAGAGAAUUGUUCAGCCAUAUGCAAGGAAGGAGGAUGAAACUGCCAUGAAACUUGUUACACCAGUUCAGAUAUUGCAAGGAAAUACCAAUCCACCAGCUUGUACUUUCACUCACAAUGUCACAGCUGUGGUCUUCUCUUCUAAAGGAUUCACAGGAAACGUGUUUCAUGAGUUCAAUGAGAUUAUUAUCCCUUUAUUCAUCACUUGCCGCCAUUUCAGAUCCCGCUUACAGUUUGUCAUCACAGAUUUCCAGCCUUGGUGGGUUCAAAAGUACAACAGGAUUCUUUCUCACUUAUCUAGUUAUGAGGUCAUUAAUCCUGAAGCAGAUGGAAGUGUUCACUGCUUUCCAGGGGUUGUAAUAGGGCUUAAGUUUCAUGACAAUCUAGCCCUCAGCACUACUGAUAUUCCAGGAGGUUAUUCCAUGUUUGAUUUCAGGAAUUUCCUGAGAGAAUCAUAUAAUCUGAAAAUAAAGCAUGUGUCCGAGAUUCAAAAGCCAGUGCUGAUACUUAUAUCACGCCGCAAAACAAGAAGGUUUUUGAAUGAAGAUGAAAUGGUGGAAAUGAUGGGGGAGCUAGGAUUUCAAGUCGUAAGGGCAGAAUCUGGCAGGAUGUCAAACUUGGACAAGUUUGCUGAGGUAGUGAACUCAUGUAGUAUCAUGGUUGGAGCUCAUGGAGCUGGCCUAACAAAUGAAAUAUUUUUGCCCGCUGGUGCAGUGAUGGUUCAAGUGGUGCCACUGGCAAAUGAAUGGGUGGCAACCAACUACUUCGGAGGACCAGCAAAGGAAAUGAAUGUCCGAUACUUGGAGUAUAAGAUCGAACCAGAGGAAAGUUCUCUCAUUGACACUUAUGGGAGAGAUCAUCCUGUCAUUACUGAUCCAGAAUCUGUAAUCUCUAAGGGCUACUAUGCAUUCAGGUCUAUGUAUAUUGAUGGCCAAGAUAUCAAGAUCAAUUUAGAGAGAUUCAAGAAGACCCUUGUUGAAGCAAUGCAGCUUCUUGGAAGCUCAACUCCCUUUAAUUGA